UUUCCCUGGCAUGAAAGCACGGACAUAUACCCACGCACACCCGGCCCCCGUCCACCGCCCCCACCCAAACCAAACACAUCCAGCCUCGCGCCGUCACAGUCGGGAGCUAAACAGGGAGGGAUCACCGGGAAUAGUUCAGCUGGUGUCGACAUAUAUCACCGUCUGCUUCGACUAUUUCUAACGGGAAAACCGAGAACGUACCGGUGGUGCUGGAUACCAGGAGGACGACAUGGGGGAGUUCACGGCGUUUUUGCUGUUACUGGUGGCGACCUUGACGCUUUCAUCCGAGGUGCCUGCUGAUGACUCUGUGGAUAUGCAAACCGAGCCCCAGGUGGCUAUGUUCUGCGGGAAGCUCAACAUGCACAUUAAUGUGCAGAGUGGAAAAUGGGAGUCUGACCCUUCAGGCACCAAGAGCUGCAUCGGCACCAAGGAGGGCAUCCUGCAGUACUGCCAAGAGGUGUACCCAGAGUUGCAGAUUACAAAUGUUGUAGAGGCCAACCAGCCUAUCAGCAUCGAGGACUGGUGCAAGAAAGGCCGCAAGCAAUGCCGCAGUCACACCCACAUCGUGGUUCCCUACCGCUGCCUGGUUGGAGAGUUUGUGAGCGAUGCUCUGCUGGUUCCUGACAAGUGUAAGUUCCUGCACCAGGAGCGUAUGGACCAGUGUGAGAGCCACCUGCACUGGCACACUGUUGCCAAAGAGUCCUGUGGAGACCGCUCAAUGAAUCUCCAUGACUACGGGAUGCUUUUGCCAUGUGGUAUUGACCGUUUCCGAGGGGUGGAGUUUGUCUGCUGUCCGGCGGAGGCGGAGCGAGAGGCCGACAGUGCUGAGCUGGAAGGGGAGGAGUCAGACGUCUGGUGGGGCGGAGCUGAGACCGAAUACUCAGAUAACAGCAUGACUCGCCCGGCAGAGACAGAGCCAGCCACAACUGAAGACGAUGAAGACGAGGAUGAAGAGACAGAAACAUUUGAAAGGGAUGAGAAUGGAGAUGGCGAUGAAGAUGAUGAUGAGGACGACGAUGAGGACGAUGUCAUCGACGAAAGGGAUAGUGAUGAGCGCAGUGCUAACAUCGCCAUGACAACCACCACCACCACCACCACUGAAUCCGUUGAGGAAGUUGUCCGAGCCGUGUGUUGGGCUCGUGCUGAGUCCGGCCCGUGUCAUGCCAUGCUGGAGCGUUGGUACUUCCUGCCUGAGAAGGGCAGCUGUGCUCGCUUCUUGUUUGGGGGCUGUGGGGGCAACAGGAAUAACUUUGACUCAGAGGAGUACUGCCUAGCGGUCUGCAGCAACUCGUUGCCCACCAUGGCCCCCAGUCCUCCCGACGCAGUCAACCACUACCUUGAAGCACCCGGAGACGACAACGAACACUCUGACUUCCAGAAGGCCAAGGAAAGCCUGGAGGCCAAACACCGUGAAAAGAUGUCCCAGGUGAUGAGAGAGUGGGAAGAGGCUGAGAGGCAGGCCAAGAAACUUCCCCGUGCUGACAAGAAAGCUGUCAUCCAGCACUUCCAGGAAAAGGUGGAGGCUCUGGAGCGGGAGGCAGCUGGAGAGAGGCAGCAGCUGGUGGAGACCCACAUGGCCCGGGUGGAGGCUCUGCUCAACAGCCACAGACGCCUGGCUCUGGAAAAUUACCUCAGCUCCCUGCAGGCCAACCCUCCACGGGCUCGUCAGGUGUUGACCCUGCUGAAGAAGUACGUCCGUGCCGAGCAGAAGGACAGGCAGCACACGCUGAAACAUUACGAGCAUGUCCGCACAGUCGAUCCCAAGAAAGCUGCACAGAUCCGGCCUCAGGUUUUGACCCACCUACGUGUGAUCGAUGAAAGGAUGAAUCAGUCCGUCGGUCUGCUCUUCAAAGUGCCCAGUGUGGCGAACGAGCUCCAGAGCCAAGUCUCUGUUCUGAUGCAGAGAGUCCAGGCAGAGCUGUCUCAGCAAGUUUCCUCUCUGCAGAGCGAUGGGCGGGUGGACGGCAGGGUGAGCUACGGGAACGACGCCCUGAUGCCAGACCAGGCCUACAGCUCUGCCCCCAUGGAGCCCGGCCUGGACGGACUGGGCUUCGUCCACCCUGAGAGCUUCAACCAGGUCAACACAGAAAACCACGUUGAGCCUGUUGAUGCUCGUCCAAUUCCAGAUAGAGGACACCCUACACGACCUGUAUCACCCCUGAAGCCAGAGGAGAUGCCAAAAGUGCGGAUAAAUACUGACGAGAGGCAAAGUGCUGGAUAUGAAGUCAACCCUCAGAAACUGGUGUUUUUCGCUGAGGAUGUUGGAUCCAAUAAGGGGGCCAUUAUUGGACUUAUGGUUGGAGGGGUUGUCAUAGCAACCGUCAUCGUCAUCACCUUGGUGAUGCUGAGAAAGAAACAGUAUACUUCUAUUCAUCACGGUGUGAUCGAGGUCGAUGCAGCGGUGACUCCAGAGGAGCGUCACCUGGCCAAGAUGCAGCAGAACGGCUACGAAAACCCCACCUACAAAUUCUUUGAACAGAUGCAGAACUAACAGCUCAUCAACAUUUCCCCCCCUGAAGUAUCCCUAAAACUCACUGUCUGUUCCUUUCUGCCCCUUAGCCCCUACACCUUCAGUUUCUCACCACUACAGGCAAAGGAGAGGUGUGAAGAGUCCUGCAAAGGCUGAUUUGUAUCUUGCUUACAAGUUAGGAAAUGAUGAGAGGGAAGUAUUUGUACCAGUUUAUGUCUCAAUCUGAAGUUUGGGCCGAAAUAAUUACAUGGCACAAUCCCUUCUUUAUCCCUCAAUUGUAAAGCGCCACACAUUAUAUUUACCUGUAAUUGAUAAGACAAGGGUCCCUGUUUUACCUGCACAUUUCUGCAAAUCAAAACAAAGACAUCAGUGUUUGUAGUGAAAAACCCUGUUGACGAUUGACUCGCCACUGAGACCAGAAACAUGUAAAUCCAAGCUGUUUAAAUCCCUGCCUCUCCCUCUCGCUCUGCACGGUUUGUUCCAUUUUGCGAUGGCAGCUGUGCUUGAUGACAUAACAGCUCUUAGAGCUGACAGCGGGCGGAGGCUCUCGCACGAUUAAAGCCCAACUGUUUCAGGUUUGUUUUUCAAAAAAGAAGAAAAAAAAAGAAAAAACCAUAAUCAAAAUAUGUAAAAGUUGAAGAAUUUUGAAUGUUUUUUUUGUUUUCUUAUUUUUUUUUUAUGUGUAAUAUAUUAAGACAGAGAUUAGCUGUAAGUAUAUGUAGUGCAUGGCAAUAUUGAAGACAGAUGCAGUAUAUUGUAUGUUGAGGUCCUGGAGAGAGGUCCUCUUACUAGAUAUUUUAGCAGGAUUGUACAUUUCUCGUGUCUUCUUUGUGAUCUUGUGAUAUGAAGAAGAAAAAGAGUAUUCAGAACCGGUCUGCUUUGUUGUCACAGACUUGCUUUAACUUUGGCUCAUUACACUCAUCUCCAUGCUUCACUGUUGUGUUAGCUGCAUGGGCAGAAUGCUCUAUAUGUAAUAUAUAUGAAGUGUUAUAGUAUCCGAAAGGAAGACAAUUUUGUUACUGUUUGCGUUCUAUGCACUCUGUCAUUUUAGAAGAUCACCAAAUAUUAUUCCUGUUAAUUCCCUAAUGCCAAUUCAUGCUGCUCAUUGGGUUUUUAACAGGUUUAAAUCGAACUUUCUAAAUCUAUCAUUCCAGAUCUAUCAUUCCACUCUUGAGUUUAUAUAUUUGGAGAUCAGCUCUCAAUGGCCCAGUUUCAUUAUCAAGCUCCACCUCUCAAGUCUUUCCCCCUUGUUUAGUUGUUCUUCACUCUCUUUCUAACCCCUGUCUUUCCUGUUUAUCCACUCUUUCUGUCUGUGUCAGCAUUAUUGUGAAGCACAGCACUUAGGAGUAUUUUGCUAAAAAGACAAGUUGUUGUUGGGCCAACAGAUAUGACGCGUU